AAAUAGUGAAAUGAACGGCUAGCUCUCCAGUCUUACCUCCCACCAGGACAGUGGAAUUGACAUUAAUCACCGAGGGAAUUAGCGGGUGGAAGGAAACGAACUAUCUUUAAACUCAUUUGAAACUCUAAAACACAGUAUACCAACAGUAACUGGCUGACAGAUAACGUGAAAACAAAAGACAUUUAUUCCGAUGGGGAUGAUGUUUAAAACAGAGACAUCUGAAGGUUUCUUUCUCUCCAAAACGGAGUGAAAACAAACAAACAAACAAACAAACCAUGUCAGAAAGCAGCUCCGUGAGUUGUGGAUCCACUGUGACUUCAAGUGAUCGAGUGCUUUUACUGGCGAGCAGGGGAGAAUGGAUCGCGCUCGAGCAGACACUUAAAGGUAUUGAAAAGGGAGACCCUGCAAUCUCACACAUUGAUGAAGAGUCAGGUUUGACCCUGUUGAUGAUUGCAGUCAAAGAGAACAGGCUGUCGAUAGUGGAGAGAUUGCUGGAGCUAGGAGUGAACCUAACCGAUCGAACAAAGGAUGGCAGGACUGCUCUCCAUGUGGCUGCAGCUCAUUCCAAAGAUGAAAUCGUCAAACUGUUGGUAAAGAGAACGGAUCCGAAUGUACCUGGAGGGCCCAAAGAGCAGUUACCACUGCACUAUGCAGCCGCUCGCCCCACAGGUGCCCAGAAUGUCAUCCAGACGUUACUCAAGUUCUCCCAUAAAGAUGCUCGUCUGGUCCAAGACAAGGAUGGCUGCAUCCCCCUGUUUUUGUCGGUUGAAGCUGGGAAUAUCGCAGUCUGUAAAGAACUUGUUGGAGUAAUGACUGAGGCACAGCUCAGGGCACAGAAGAAGGGCAGUGGGGAUGCUGCUCUCCAUGUGUGCUGCAGACGGAAGGAUACAGACCUGGCGAAACUGCUGGUGGAAUACGGAGCCUGUGUGGAUUUCCAAAACGAGGAAGGACAGACUCCUCUGCAUGUGGCUGCCUGGGAAGGGGAUGAAUCCAUGCUGAAAUAUUUCUACCAGUGUAAAGCCAAUCCCAACAUUGCAGACAAGCUGGACAGAUCUCCUCUGCACAUUGCAGCUGAAAGAGGCAACACCAACGUGGUGGAAGUCCUGACAGAGAAGUUCAAGUCCAAUGUUCUGGGCAGGACAAAGGAUGGCAGCACUCUGAUGCACAUCUCCUCUCAGUGCGGGCAUCCUGAAACAGCACUGGCUUUCCUGAAAAAAGGUGUUCCUUUGCACAUGCCCAACAAGUCUGGAGCAGUCUGUCUGCACGCAGCGGCUAUGAGAGGCCACACGGCAGUGGUGAAGGCUUUGCUCCUGAAGGGGGCCCAUGUAGACACCACCACCAAGGACAGCUACAGCGCUCUGCACAUCGCAGUGCAGCACUGCAAGCCUCUGGUGGUACAGACUCUACUGGGCUUCGGGGCUCAGGUACAGCUCAAAGGGGGCAAGGCGAGGGAGACGCCACUGCACAUCGCUGCCCGAGUGAAGGAGGGGGAGAAGGUGGCAGAGAUGCUGCUGAAGAGCGGGGCUGACGUCAAUGCAGAGCAGGAGAACGGAGAGACAGCCAUGCACAUUGCUGCUCGCCACGGCAGCCUCAGCAUGCUGCAAGCUCUGAUUGAGGAGGGAGGAGAUCUGACGUGCCAGUCUAAGGCUGGGGAGAACCCACUCCACAUUGCAGUGCGCCACUGCCAUGCUCCCGUUGUAGAGGAGAUACUCCGCUAUCUGGCCACCGAGAAGAGUCAGACUGAGGCCACUGUGUGCGUCAGCCAGGAGAACACGGAAGGGGAGACCCCGUUGCACCUGGCGGCUGAGAUAAAGAAGGAUAUGAUCCACUUUGAAGAGGAGGACACCAAGAUCAUCCGAAUCCUCAUGGAGUACGACAUUGACAUCACUGCAGCAACCAGACUGACCUGUGAGACUCCCCUGCACUACUGCGCCCGGGUGGGGAACACUGACGUGCUUCUGGAGAUUUUGAAGAAUUUUAACACCAACCAGCUGCAGCAAGCCAUCAACAAGCAUGCCAAGAAUGGCUGGUCUUCAUUAUUGCUGGCUGCAGAGAGAGGUCACACAGAGAUGGUCAGGAUCCUGCUGCAGAAUCACGCUCGCGUGGACGUCUUUGAUGAACAUGGCAAGGCAGCACUCCACCUGGCUGCAGGGAACGGUCACGAGGAGAUCGCGGAUAUCUUGCUGUCUCAUAAGGCCUUUGUCAACGCCAAGACCAAGCUGGGACUGACACCCCUGCACCUGGGAGCACAGAACGGGUACUGCAGGCUGGUGAAGCUGCUGGUGGAGACUCACAUGGCCAGCAUCGACGCACUCUCCUUGACUAAACGCACCCCACUACACCUGGCGGCGCUCCACGGGCAGCUGGACGUAUGCUGCAGUUUACUGAACAUGAAGGCAGAUGUUAAUGCCACGGACAUCCAUGGGCAGACCCCCCUCCACCUGGCUGCAGAAAAUGACCACUCGGAGGUGGUGAAGCUUUUCCUGAAGCACCGCCCGGAGCUGGCCACCUCUGCCAAUGUGGAAGGAGCCACGUGCGCCCACAUCGCAGCAUCAAAGGGCAGCGUGGCUGUUAUCAAGGAGCUUCUCAAGUUCAGCAAAGUCGGGGUGACCUCUGCUCGUAAUCAGACUAAUGAUUCCAGCCCCUUGCUCCUGGCAGCCGCUGGAGGUCACUCAGAGGUUGUGAAGGUUUUACUGGAGGCUGGCGCUUCAGCUGCAGAAGAGAAUGCUGAGGGGAUGACUGCUAUCCAUUUAUCUGCUAAGAACGGGCACAUAAAUGUCCUGGAUGCUCUUAAAGGGAGUGUGUCCUUUAAAAUAACUAGCACUAAAACCGGACUGACUGCGCUCCACGUGGCAGCCAGUUUCGGGCAGGUGGACUUUGUGAGGGAGAUCCUGAGCAGGGUGCCAGCAACGAUGCAGAGCGAGCCCCCCCGGAGCGCAGUCGAGGGGCAGAGGAUCCGAGAGCAGCCCAGCGAGUCAGGGUUUACCCCCCUGCAUCUCGCUGCCCAGUCAGGACAUGAGAGCCUAGUGAGGCUUCUACUCAACUACCCCGGGGUGCAGGCUGACGCAGAGACUAACCUACAUGGCUCCACUCCUCUGCACCUGGCAGCUCAGAACGGGCACACUGCAGUGGUGGGGCUGCUCCUCAGCAAGUCCACCUCCCAGCUGCACCUCAAGGACAGACGCGGGCGCACCUGCCUCCACCUGGCUGCUGCCAACGGGCACCAUGAGAUGGUCAGGGGGCUGCUGGGCCAGGGGGCUGAGAUCAAUGACACAGACAAGAAUGGCUGGACUCCGCUCCACUUCGCGUCCAAGUCGGGGUUCCUGGAGACGGUGCGGUUCCUGGUUGAGAGCGGGGCGUCUGUGAAGCUCGAGUGCAAGGAGGGGCGGACCCCGAUUCAGUACGCUGCCGAGGAGAACCACCAGGGAACUGUGAGCUUCCUGCUCCGGAGAAACCACAACACUCUGAACCUGGUCGAGGACAGGAAGUUUAUUUUCGAUCUAAUGGUCUGCGGGAAGCUGAACAGCGACAAGGUGAUUGAGGAGUUUGUGCUCCACUCCAGAGCUCCCCUGGACACAGCGGUCAAGCUUUCCCGGGCAUUCAGCCUCACUGCCCUGAAAGAGAAGGAGCGCUCCAUGGACCUACUCAACGCUGCCAAGUACUGCGAGGGCAUGGCCACCGAACUCCUUACCAUCGCCUCUGGAGGCAAGAGCGCCGGCUGCAUCCUGCGUGCAGUGGACCACCGGAGAACUCCCAUGCUGGACUGCCUGAUUGAGAGUCAGCAGAAGGACGUGGUGGCCCACCCAGCUGUGCAGAAGUACCUGACGGAGGUCUGGUAUGGAAACCUGAAGUGGGCGCCGUGGAAGAUAGUGCUCCUGUUCUUCUGCUUCCUGCUCUGCCCUGUGGUCUGGCUGGUCUUCUCCCUUCCCCUGAAGCACAGGUUCAACAAGAUCCCCAUCAUGAAGUUCAUGAGCCACCUGGUGUCCCACAUGUUCCUCUUGAUACUCUUCAUUCUGACCAUUGUCUACCCUCCCAUCAGCCCUAUCUACCUGGGGAAGUUGCUGCCUGCUUGGAAUGAGUGGCUGCUCCUGGCCUGGCUCUCUGGGAUUCUAGUCUCUGAGCUGACCCACCCAGGUGAAAGGAUUGGCUUGGCUUGGAUCCGAGUCCUGGUCCUGGGUUUCUCUGCCAUCGCUUUCUUCUGUCACCUGCUGGCCUUUGCCUUCCAGUCGUCUGACCGCCUGCACUGCCUGUUUGCCCGCAACAUCUUCUUAGCUGUCGCCAUGACCCUCAGCUUUGUGCAGUUCCUUGAGUUUCUGACUUUCCACCACCUCUUUGGACCUUGGGCCAUCAUUAUCAGGGACCUCAUAAAGGACCUGGCCCGAUUUGCAGUCAUCCUCGUGCUGUUCCACACGGCCUUUACCAUGAAUCUCUCUGUUGUCUAUCAGCCGGUUUACCCCGAGGACACACAGUCUGGCAAUAGCACAGGGGGUGAGAGCACUGAGAUCCAGACCCCUUUGGAGAUAUCCAUCAAGCUCUUCUUCGCGCUCUUUGGCCUCGUUGACCCAGAAGCCAUGCCCAAGCUUAGUCGGACACCAGCGUUCACGAAUGUCAUCAGCAAUUUUUUUUACGGUAUGUAUUUGGUGGUUACCGUCAUCGUGCUGAUCAACCUUCUGAUUGCCAUGAUGAGCGACACCUACCAGCGAAUCCAGGCGCAGUCAGAUACAGAGUGGAAGUUUGGGAGGGCCAUGCUCAUCCGGGAUAUGAACCGGAAGUCAGGCACGCCAUCCCCGUUCAACCUCUUUACCAACCUCUUCUUCUACUUCAAGAUGCUCUUCAAACAUGACGGUAAGAUCUGCUCCUCUGAUGGGAGGGACCUGAUGACAGAGGAGCAGGAGCUGGAUGUCUACACAGAUACCCGCUCCUUAGAUAUGCUGGCACACACCUCUGUGGACUGGAUACGCACCACUAACAAGAGGACCCAGAUCUCCCCAGAAGGAGGAUUGGUAAGACAUUCCAGACAGAGUGGACUCAUACAUAUCGAUGAGGUGACUGACUGGCAGAGUGUGGCACUUCGUUACUUAGCAAUGAAGGGGCAGACUGAUGGGACACUGCUGGAUAAAGACUCAUUUCCCUAUGAGGAGACCAUGAGGGCAGAGCACUUCAGAGCUGCAUCCACUGUAAAGAGCAAGUGCUUAAAUGAGACUCCGAGGCAGCAACUGCUAAUAUUCUUUACUAAGCGUGUUUAAAAUGCUAACAACACAGUGGCCCCUGGACCCCUGCAAAUGGAUUGCUCCUAUGUCUUGUAAAUUAAAAUUGGAUUUAAAAUGAAUAAAUAAAUGUUACUCUGCUUGUCGAUUUAACUACGGAAAUCAUUGAACAUUGCAACUGUACCACCUAAAUCCUUCCUGUGAUUCAUAGUUAGUUAUGAAAAUGAAAUAAUUGCUACAGGGUUAGUCCCUUUAAAAAUGUACUGUAGCAUAUCAUGGUACAAACUUAGCAAAGUGUAUCACCACAGCAUAGUAAAGCACAGUAAAAGUGUGGUAAAGCACAGAUAAGUGACGUAAAGCUUUGUAAGAAAAAAUAACAGGCUUGAGCAUGAUACAGCAUGUUAAAAGCAUACAGCAGUGUAUUCAUUGUUACUAUGAGGGGGGACUUGCUAUGGAACACUCCUACAAAGGCAGAUGCUGUACUAGAAGUAGUAUUAACCCUUGUACAAUGGAUAUCAUCUCCUACUUUAUUGUGUAAACUCAUUUGGUUUUCUUUAUAUUUUAUUUAACUACUCAAUUGAUUUUUAUUUUUUAUGGAGAAUAAAAGUAUAUAUUCUUUACAAAUGUGUGUUUUUUGUUUAUGAAUGAAAGGACAGAUUUUACAUUUUGUUCAAACCUGUAAAGGUGCUCUCUUUAUUUAAGACAUGGAUUGUUCUAUAGACUUGUUUUUCAAAAGUUACCAAGAAGUGUAUAUGUUUUUAAACAUGUACGUUUUUCUUUGCACAUAGACAGCUUAUUGUGCUGAAAAUUAGCAUUAUAUUAUUGCAUGCAAAUGAAAGAAUGAAAGGGGAGUGGUGUAUUCUGUCUGUAUUUAAAUGUUUGCUCCAGUUACACUUGUACAAAAUUUUGCCGUUGGGCCUGCUUUUAUAUUAGGAAGCAUUAGCACCAUCUAGUGCUCAGCUGUGUACUGUCAGCAAUACAAGAGGAAAAUACCUGGUCACUUAGAUGGUGCUGCCGGAACUCUGUCCUCUAUAAAGACACUGUGACUGAUCAAGCCCAUGUUACUUUCAUGCAGGCAGCUAGAACUGAAGAGCAGCUGCUGAACUCGGGUGAAAGCACAUGCAAGAGCAGCUGCUGAACUCGGGUGAAAGCACAUGCAAGAGCAGCUGCUGAACUCGGGUGAAAGCACAUGCAAGAGCAGCUGCUGAACUCGGGUGAAAGCACAUGCAAUAGCAGCUGCUGCUCAGGUGAAAGCAC